AACAAAUAGCUUAAGCUUUAUUAUACCUCGUUGAGGUGAUGAUUUUUUACUGUAGCUCGGAGUUGAAGUUGAGGGCGUGGGCUCAUUCUCUCCGAAAGGGGGGUCGGCAGUUUUUUUCUAGACAACUAACUUCUUACCUUACACCGACACAUCGAAGCAGUAGUUUGAACAAUAUUACCUAAUACAGAACACUUUCGAAUUAUAUUUUGUGUAGUUUCGUACGUCGAUGUUUGCGAAUAUGACUCUUUUUGCGCUUUUAUUUUGACAUUCUUUCUGUUCAAGUGCAUUCUGCUCGAGGUGGUCUGGAUGACCGACAACAAUGCGGAAGAGAAUGUUUUUAGCUGUGGAACCAGACUUGUGAUAGCAUUAUUAUUCAGCAAUUACUAUGACGUUUGGGGUGGACAGAGGCUACAAUAGAGACAUCUCAUUGUCUGUCGUUGCCUCUGAAGUGUAAUUUCAGCUGUGUUUAGUCGAGAAACAAGUUAUAUGUUCUGCUUAUUCACGAGCGUCUUUCUGCGCCUGCGCUUUCCAGAAAGUUACAAGUAUUCGCAGGACGAUACUUCAUAAUAUUGUUUCAAUCAGUAUUACGGAUAAACCAAACCGUGCUCGCUUUGUAAGGCAUAUAGCCUGGUGUACUUGACAUCUAGUUCAUACAAUAGUUCUCAGUCAUUGAACAGAUGGGUAAUUUUGUAGAUGCCUCUUUUCACAGUAAAAGAGUCCACAAAGUCCAGUAGUCUUAAAAUGCAUUAUUUGACUCAAUUCGCUCCCAGUGCAUUUCAAGAAUGGAAAUAUGCAAGUACUGGGACACCAACGAGGCUAACCGUCAUGUCUACACACCAAAGACAUUGUUAAUCUCCAAAGUAGCUAACAUGCUGCAAUAUUCAUAUAUCCCCCUCAAGUUUCUGCUGAAGAGAUUCAAAUGAAACUCCCACUUUGAUACACAUUUCAAAUCAAUAACAUCAAGGUCCCCUGGAGAGCUCGAUCAUCAAACUGAAUACACCCGUGUCAUCCUUCUCUCCGCACGCAUUUCGACUCAGGCAACAUUAAACCCAACUGUCUUUAAGAUCUCUACUUUGAAAGGACAACGUUUGACAGUCGCGUCGACGCCGACGCGCAAGUUAAAAGUAAAAUCCCUCAGCUAUCUGCCUAGCUUUGAGCCCAGGCUGAGACAACCCCCCUAUGACGCUGAGACGAGCUCAUCUACCCGGCCUGUGUGUUCAGCGGCAGGCUUUAAUGGCUGCAUGGCAGGAAGGGUGUCUUGUCGCCACACCAGGUAAGCAGGACAGAAGGACUGUGGUACUGCCGGAGCUCGGAACUGGUUGCAGAGACCGGUGGUUGAUCAAUUACAUGUGUUUAAUGGAGCCACUUUUUCAUCUGCACGGUGCUGAAAAAAUGCUUGUGCAGAUACUCAGCCUGCGACCCUAAAUAAUAAGUAAUAAGGUUGAAGUGAAUUCCCAACCCCGCCGUCUGUCCGUACUCUGCCCUGAGCCCCCGCGCCUUCCCCGACGAGCCUAAGUUCGGCUUUCUGGGGUGUGUGUUGGUUUGCGCUGUCCGCCCAGUAAAUGUCUCCGUCUGGAAAGGGCGUCCCGGUCCUCGUGCUAAGUUCUGAUUCAGAAGCCCAGAACUGUCCGUGAUUUAAAUGACGUCUAUGGACCGGAGCAGAGUGCCCAAGGUGGUGCUGAGCUUUGAACACUUGCGGGCCUACGUAACCCCAUGGAAACAGAAUGUCUCUGAACCUGGUUGUCGUCUUUCCCGACCCAGAGGUGACCGUUGCGGUCAGUCCAUCUCAGUCUGCAGGUUUGAACAAGGACUGGGAGCAAGAGGCAGCGACCGAGAGGAGACCAGUGAAACGUGGUACCAGCUAAGACUGAGGUUCAUACGCCGACAGAAGAAGAGAACCAUGUGGGCCAGUGAAGGUGAGGGUCAGGUGACAGCCCGGAUGGAGACCACCCCCACCAUGGGGGUCCACAGUAUCUCCGUAUCCCAGCAACAGGCACCGAAGAAGUUUGCUCCUGUGGUGGCCCCUAAGCCCAAGUUUAACCCCUACAAGGCCGGAGACCUCACUGACCCUGCCGCAGGGGACUACCCACCACCACCACCCCCACCCACGGACGACGGAGGCACCCGCUCCCCCAUCUCCUUCCCCCCACCUCCACCCAUGGACGGAGAUCACCAGAGUCGUGGGCCACAGAAAACCCUGGAGGAGAGACGCUCUAGUCUGGAUGCUGAAAUUGACUCUCUGACCUCCAUCCUGGCUGACCUGGAGAGUAGCUCACCUUAUAAACCCCGCAAUGCUCAGAACUCUGGAACCCUCCCGUCGGUGAGCGGCCAAAGUGCCCCGGUCACCGGCUACAAGCGCAUGGUCAUCCCCACCCAGCCGCCUCUGACGGCCACCAAGAAGUCCACGCCCAAGGCAGCAGGCCCGGGUGGAACCCUUCCCCACCCCGCUUCGGCCUCCCCCGUGGCCAGGCCCCAGUUCCAGACUGCUCCUCAGCCCGUGCCGGCCUCCUAUGCCACGGCCUCCACUCCCAGUCAGCCCACCUUCAAUGUGCAGGUGAGGUCUGCCCAGCCCGGACCUCAGCACCAGUCUCCUGGGCCGCCCCAGCAGUAUGCCCAGCAGCCCGUCCGCGGACCAGCCCAGGUCCAGUACAUGGCUGCCCAGCCCAGGAGCCCUGACUUUGCCUACGGCCCUCCCCAGCCAGGGUUUGCCCCCCAAGGGUACUCGGAUCAGGCCUUCCCUGGGUCCGGGGGGUACGGUGGAGGGCCUGGAAACCGACCAGAUCCUAGCUACCCUGCGGGGUUCACCCACCAGGGAUACCAGCAACCUGCCCCCAAGAAGACCUACCUAACUGACCCUCCGGCCAGUCUGGCUCCUCCGGCCCACCUCCCCCCUCAGAAGGCUCCCAGCAGCGCCAGGCCCGAGGAGGAGCUGGAGCGUCUGACCAAGAAGAUGCUCUUCGACAUGGACAAUCCUCCGGCGGAGGAGUACUUUGGUCGGUGUGCCAGGUGCGGGGAGAACGUGGUGGGCGAGGGCACCGGCUGUAUGGCUAUGGACCAGGUCUUCCACGUGGACUGUUUUGUCUGCGUGACCUGCAGCGGGCGUCUGCGUGGGAAACCCUUCUACGCCGUGGAGAAGAAGGCCUACUGUGAGCCCUGCUACGUCAACACCCUGGAGACGUGCACCGUCUGCAGUAAACCCAUCCUGGAGCGAAUCCUGCGUGCCACCGGCAAGGCCUACCACCCCCACUGCUUCGUCUGCGUGGUGUGUCGCCGCAGCCUGGACGGCAUUCCCUUCACCGUGGACGCCGCCAAUCACAUCCACUGCAUCGAGGACUUCCACAAGAAGUUUGCCCCUCGUUGCUCCGUGUGUUCCGAGCCCAUCAUGCCGGCUCCUGGCCAGGAGGAGACUGUUCGCAUUGUGGCCUUGGACCGGGACUUCCACGUUCAGUGCUACCGCUGUGAGGACUGCGGCUGCCUGCUGUCUGAAGGUGACAACCAAGGCUGCUACCCUCUGGAUGGCCAUGUCCUGUGCAAGAGCUGCAACACCAGCCGCAUCCAGGCCCUGAGUGCCAAGGCCACAACCGACCUCUGAAAUGCCAGCGCGCUAGCCUACUGACCUUGCCCAAGUUCAGCCCCGCCCGCACCACAAUCUCCUCUAAUUCCAGCCUGCUGGGCUGGCCUACACACACACACACGCACGCGCUCGCAGAGACAUGCCAUACACAAACAUAUACACACGCAAUAAGCAAGCUUCUCUCCUACGCGCACACCUAUGAAUAUUAUGAAUUGCUAAGGGGACAGAGAGGGUUUGAUUCCUGACUUGUUGACAACAUCGGUCCAGUCGGCACUGAAGAUGCUGCCUUGUUGGAACUUUGUGUCUGUGUUAGUUUUCACGUUAAAACCUUCUACAUUUUCAAUUCUACGUUUUAGUCAUUUAACAGCUGCUCUUGUCCAGACCCAUGUCCGGGCAGUGGAUUUAGCUCGGAUUAGUUUGGUAGAACGGUUGCGUCACAGUCAUUGAAAGUCAACCCCCUGGGAAACCUCCUGUCUACUUCCAUUGGCUUGCUGUGUCAGGCUAGUCAGUCUUCAGUUGACACCCACAGAUGGACUUCCGGUCUUUGUCAAGUCAACAGUCAUUCAUUCCAGUCCAUUUUAUUUGGAUCAAUAGAGCUUGUUAGAUGACGGGCUCUCUGUAGGGAAUGCUACUCUGUUUCCUCUUCCAUUCCAUUCCAUUAAUUAUUCGUGGAGAAACUGGCCCUUACACUGACCCCAAAAUACUGGCCCCCAACACAGCACUGACUGACGACCAUCACAAGAGAAAAGCAACAAUAUACAAUUCACAUGAUCACUUGUAUCAAACGUAUCAAAACGACAAGAGAACACUCAGUGUUCAUCAAACCCUUUUCAUUAAUGACAAGCCUGUUCAGUGUUCCCCAAGUCUGUCAAUGCUAUCAUGUUGGAUAAUUGUCACUUAUUGUCAUGCCAAACAACAACAGCUUUGGAGUAGGCAAAGAUUUAAGUUUUGGCAGCUUCAGCAGAGCACUGGCAUGAGAACAACUAGCUUCAAAUUAUAUGCAUUAGCAUAGUGUCGUCUGAAAAUGAAUUGCUUAAAAAGUGUAUAUAUAAAGAAAUGCAUAAAUCAGGUGGCUUGGACGCUGAAAACUGAUAGCCGUGGUACAUGAGGCAGUAUACCAGGGGUUUGACAUCUCUUUUUAUUGCUCUAAUUAAGUUGGUAACCCAUUUAUAAGCGCAAUAAGUAAUCCAGCGAAGCGUCAUGGCUAAGAACAGCGCUUAGCCAUGGUAUAUUUGCCAUAUAUUACAGCCCCUCGUGCCUCAUUGCUUAUGUAUCUCAAAGGUGGACAUUGCCAUAUAUAUAAUAUAUAUGCACAGAUAUUCUCAAUGCGCACACAUGCACACGCCCAUCCACACACGCCCACAUACACGCCCA